UAUGACCGACCAGACACCAUUUGGCGGAAAGAAACGUCAGCGCUUUCAUUGGUGUACUGCGCACUUUACGUAGACUUAAGGACCACCCCCACGAACUCCACGUAAAGUUCUCAGCAGGCGUUGGUGAAUGAGCUGGUCUCUCGUGCGUUCACGUAAAGCUGGACGACUUUUUUUUUUUUUGGUAACGAGCGGAGAGGAGAUGCACACGGCACUCGAGUGAGGGUGCAAGUUUCAGAAGAGUUGUUACACCCCCAUUUAAUUACACCAAGACUGGGGGCCAAGCAGGCAAAGAAGUGUUUGGUGACGAGAAUUGAGGGGACAAUGAGAGUCCACAUGCACACCAAGUUCUGUUUCCUGUGUGUGCUCACGUUCCUCUUCCAUCAGUGCAGCCGCUGCCAUGAAGGAGGACACCACCAUCAGCACGAUGGGCAUCACCACAAUGAUCAUGACAGCGCUCACAGCGACCUGCAGAUUUCUGAGGCUCCAUACGUGAGAGGGGUCACAGAGUCCCCAGGGUCCAAGAGUGGGCAAGCUGGGGAUGCUCUUGAGGAGGAACAGCGCUUCUACAUCCAGCAGCUUUUCAGGCGCUAUGGCCAGGAAGACCGGCUAGAUUUCAAGGGCUUUCAGAGUCUGUUGUUUAGCUUGGGAUUGGGAGAAGUGAAGGUUGUAGGUUUGGAUCAUGAGGAUCUGGGCCAUGACCAUGUAGCCCACCUCGAGGUGUUGGAUAUGCUGCACGGACAUUCAUCCACUAACGCUGGCCACAGCCACGGCCAGGGCCACCGGCACAGUCACACCACACAGAUGCGUCCACACCAAAAACAAGACUCUCAGCAUCCACACACAGAAGGAGUUCCCACUCGGUGCAGCCAAACCACUGCUGGACCGGCAGAACAUGAUCACGAUCACGACCAUGAACAUGAACAUGAUCACGAUCACGAUCACGACCAUGAACAUGAACAUGAUCACAAUCAUGAUCACAAUCACACUAAGGUAGAGGAGAAUGACCAUCAACAUGACACACACGACUUUGGCGACCACAACAAUCACACACAUGAUGAAGAGCACAAACACCAACAGGUCAACCACAGGGACCUGUCUUCUCAGCCUCACCCUGAUCACGACCACAGUGAUCAUGAACAUGACUACAAUCAUAUUCACGAAGUGCACACAGACAUAGGCGGCACUCACCUCGACCAGGAAAAGCUGGAGCCAUCUCAGGUGCCCCAGAGGCUGCAGCCCACCCCGACAGAAAACCGACCCAAGAAACCCCGGAAACCGGGAAGAGUCAGAGGACAGCGAGGGCGAGACAAAACCACAUCUUCUCACACACCUGCAUCUGAUGACCACGACCAUGACAACACUCAUGACCAUAACCACACACAUGGUCACAGCCACUCUCAUAAAGAUAAGAGGGAGGCACCGGGGGCACUUCCCGUGCCCACUCUGCCAGUCUCCAUGCCAGCUGGUCAUCCAGGUGGAUUAACCCAUCAGCAUGAGGAGUGUUUGAACCUCACUCAGCUCCUCACCUACUACGGCCUCAAUCCCGACUCGCUCAUCUCCCCCCGCCAGUUUGCGUAUCUGUGUCCCGCCUUGCUCUACCAAAUAGACAGGCGGGUCUGCAUCCUCCAUUACGAGCAGAUGGAUGUGGAGCAGGAAGCCUUUGAGCCUGCCAGUUCUGUGUGGGUCUGGAUUUGGGGAUUUGUGUCCAUCACCAUCAUCAGCCUGCUGUCUCUGCUGGGGGUCGUACUCGUGCCCAUCCUCAAGCAAUCGUGCUUCAAGUUCCUGCUCACCUUUCUGGUAGCGUUGGCAGUGGGCACGCUCAGUGGUGACGCUCUCCUUCACCUGCUGCCUCACUCUCAAGGGCAGCACGAUCACAGCAAACAUGGUGCCGACCAGGAAGAAGAUAUGGUAACAGCUUUUGAUGGAGUGUGGAAGGGGCUUACAGCCUUGGCCGGCAUCUACCUCCUCUUCAUCAUCGAACACUGUAUUGGCAUGUUUAAGCACUACAAAGACCAGAGGGGCAUGAAGAAGGUGAAUGAGGAGGGCAAGAUUGGCAGGAAGUUGUCAGAUCAUAAGUUAAAUCGGCGCUCGGAUGCAGAGUGGCUCCACCUUAAGCCGCUCAAUGAAGACCCUGACAGCACAGCUGUCUCCUGCGACAACAGCCACAACGACACGCAGCUCACAGAGCUCCAGACGCCAGACUCUCCCACCAACAAGACGCCGCUGGCACCCGCAAACCUCAGUCAGUCCCCCACCAAGGAGAAUGGACGUAAAACCAAGAAGCACUCGCACGGACACGGUCACUCUCAUGGAGGAAACUGCCACUCGGAUCAGGAGAUGAAGGACGCUGGGAUAGCCAGCAUUGCCUGGAUGGUCAUCAUGGGAGACGGCAUGCACAAUUUCAGCGAUGGCCUCGCCAUAGGCGCUGCGUUCAGUGCAAACCUGACAGGUGGCAUCAGCACAUCAGUGGCUGUUUUCUGCCACGAAUUACCUCAUGAACUCGGUGACUUUGCGGUGCUGCUGAAAGCCGGGAUGUCGGUGAAGCAGGCUAUUGUCUACAAUCUGCUGUCCGCCCUCAUGGCCUACGUUGGCAUGCUGAUUGGCACCGCGGUGGGCCAGUACACACACAGUGUCACCAACUGGAUCUUCGCCAUCACAGCUGGCAUGUUCCUUUAUGUGGCUCUGGUGGAUAUGCUGCCAGAAAUGCUUCACGGGGACAGUGAGGACCACAAGCGGUGCCAGCUGGGACACUUUAUCCUGCAGAACCUGGGCAUGCUGACUGGGUUCGGCAUCAUGCUGCUCAUCGCCAUCUUCGAAGACCGCAUUGUUUUCGAUUUUGGCUUCUAGUGGAGGACAGAGGAAGCAGAAGGAGGGGAGAGCUGGAUGUAUCAGUGUUGUUCUUGGCCUUCACUUGCUCUGUUUGCAAUGUAACGGCCCGGUCUUGCAUGCAACGUGUCUCGUUCAUGGCCUGUGCCUCCAUUCCAAACAUGCUGCGGUAGCUUAUGCAUAUCUCAUGACUCUGGUAGUGGUGUUUAUACUCUGCUCCUCCAUCACUUCUCCUCCGUCAGUUCCAAUCUGUCUGCUCCCCAUGAAACAUAAAGAGGCAGAGUGACGGAGGAGCAAAGCUAUGCCCCAACCAGGAUACACCUCCUCUGUUCUGAACGUUUAAAAGAAUAAAAUAAUGUAGAUAGUGAGGUGGUGCAGGGCAUGUGUUCAUACAGAGGCAGCUGUCACGGCUCAGCAGCUCGCCGCCUAUCCAUCAUCACCUGUUGUUAAUGUGUUGUCGUCGUACACCUCCCCGUGUCCUCGUCUCUCAUCCCCUCUGUGCUGUGUCCUGUCAGCUGUGCUGCGUACAUUUGUGGUGUGCGUUUCACCUGCCAUCCAUCGUCGCUGUCUUAUGUGAUCACGUCAUGUAUCAAACGCCGUCGUGCCAAGCCCCGGCCACUGGAGCAGCUCCACAGCUGCAUCGCACAGUGCCCUAAAAGCGACGCCCGGCCCGGCCCCACCUGGCUGCUACAUGUGGAAUAAACUAUUUUAGCUGGUGUUGCUUCACCUGCAAAACACGCUGACAGUUUUAAGCUGCAGUAUCAAAACAGAAAAGAAUUCAGCUGUUUGUGUGUAGGAGAUUGUCUUAAUUACUCAGUUUUUAUUUUAUUUUUGCUGCCAUUAACUUUAGUUUUGCCCUUAGAAUUAUG